AUGCCAGAAGAACCAAUUCCAUCAUAUACAAUAAAAGAUGUUUGGGCACAUAAUGUUGAAGAAGAAUUUCGUGCUAUAAGAAAAUUAAUUAUUAAAUAUCCAUAUGUUGCUAUGGAUACGGAAUUUCCUGGUAUUGUUGUUCGACCAUUAGGUGAAUUUAAAACAACAGCAGAAUAUCAAUAUCAAUGUUUAAAAUUAAAUGUUGAUUUUUUAAAAAUUAUUCAAUUAGGUUUAACAUUUAUGGAUAGUCAAGGAAAAAGUCCACCAGGUGUUUGUUCAUAUCAAUUUAAUUUUAAUUUUAAUUUAGCAAUGGAUAUGUAUGCUCAAGAUUCUAUUGAACUUUUACAAAAAUCUGGUAUACAAUUUAAAAAACAUGAAGAAGAAGGUAUUGAUCCACAUUUAUUUGCUGAAUUAUUAACAACAUCAGGUGUUGUCUUUAUGGAAAAUGUUACAUGGCUUUCAUUUCAUGCUGGUUAUGAUUUUGGUUAUUUAUUAAAAAUGCUUACAGGAAAAUUAUUACCGGAUACAGAAAGUGAAUUUUUUGAAUUAUUAAAAAUAUUUUUUCCAACUAUAUAUGAUGUUAAAUAUUUAAUGAAAAGUUGUAAAAAUUUAAAAGGUGGUCUUGAAGAAGUGGCUAAACAACUUGAAAUUGAACGUAUUGGUCCACAACAUCAAGCUGGUAGUGAUAGUUUAAUGACUGGUUUAGCUUUUUUUAAAAUGAAAGAAUUAUUUUUUGAAGAUUCAAUUGAUGAAGGAAAAUAUUCAGGACAUUUAUAUGGUCUUGGACAUUCAGCAUUUCCAGCUGGUGGAUUUGUUUAUGAAAAUGAACCUGUAAAUGUUGUUGAAAAUGAAAGUCCGUAA